AGCCUACCCCCACCCCUAUCUCUCCUUCUCGCGUCGGCUCGGUUGCUUUGGCGAGCUGUGGUGUGUAGCGGGUGCGAGGCGAUUGGUUGCUUCGAGUCGGUUGGCCAAGAUAAGUUUCUUCCGUUUCAUGUUUGUGUUGUGAUUUUACCUGUUUGGAGUUCGAAAGGCCGCUGCUUUAUGCGAUUGAUAUGCUCCUUCCGUGAAUUCCGGGGGAUUUUGAGAUUUCCUGUUGAUCUAAAAAAGGAUGAAAUUUAACUAAUUAAUCUAAAAUUGGAUGAAAUUUAACGGGUUUUUUGAAGGAACUUUCGAUGGGUUUGUAUCUGAUUGUGGAUUCAUGGUAUAUAUUUGUUUACGGAUUGGUGGCCAUAUGGGCGUUGGAGAUCUGAGCGGGUGUGUUAUGUGUGCAAAAUCUGUGUAGGCGCAUGGCUCCUGUUACUGCUCGCUAACUAGGAGUGCUUAUGCAUUGAGCAGAAGUAUUAAGGAUCAGAUUCCGAGGAUUCACGCGAUCUUCAAAUUAUGAAUAGACUAGUACAGUAACCACUAACCAAGGCUUGCAGUAUCUGGGGUAGAUCGUCGAUGCACCCAUUGCCUCCUCUUACAUCCUGAUAAUCUUAUAUUAGGCCUAACGAAUGUGAAUUGUGCCCAAAAGUUUGGUUCAUUUCAGGAUCACGAAGUUAGUACAGGUGCCAUGCAGCACAUAAUGAGGGUAAUAGUAAGAUAAAUUCACCAUUGUUGUUUAAAGCACUGUUUGAACUUGAAUACUCCAAGAAUGCCAUGUUGCAUCUGGUCUUGGUAUAUGUGGAAUCCAUAUUUUUUGUAAUGUCUACCUUUUAUGAUUCUGUUCUGGGCACUAGCACCCACAUAUGUGCAUUAUGCUAUUGCUACAAAAUUGUUUCAUUUUGUAGUACUCCCGCGGUUUAUUUUGCAGACAUAUUCAUUCGGGUUGCUUGCCCUAGGAGCUAUAGAGUUAUAACUGCUGGAUAUUUAUUUCAAUUCCACCACUAGUUUGGCAGAAGAUCUAAGACAGUGCAAAAUACAUGUUUGUUUCCAUUUGCUAGAUAUAGGAUCCCAUAUGUUGAAUGAAUUGAAAGCAUGAAAAACUACUGUGCUUGCUUUUCUUAUCCAUUGUUGCUCCAUGCAUCCAAUUGACUGCCUAUGAACAAACGAAAAGCCCUCAGCUGGAUAUGCAUGACUUCCUGCAAUACGCAUCAGGCUGUGAUAUGUUUUACUGCUUCAUUAUGAUGCAAUGUGAGAACCAAGCGAUAGCUCAGUUGGUAGAGCCUCCAAUUGGGAGGCCGCCCACCCAAGCUUGAACCCGGGUGCUCACAAUAAGUGGGUACCUCCCCAAGAACUGGUUUCAGCGAUUUUCCUAGUCAGCUAGGGUUCAGUACUCCCCUCCUUUAAGACAAAGUCAGGGGGAUGUCUUCUCCCCUUGGUUGAGUUAUUUUUAUUAUUAUUAUGAUAAAACACAAUAGUAUGUGAACUGUCCCAUUAUUUUUGUUGCCAUUGCGCUUUCGGUUAUAUUUUUUUCCCUUCUUGUUAUGCCAUGACAGCAUGUUACAUGCCAUGUUUUUUAGCUCGACCUUUUCAGGAACUUUGCUCUUUUGCAGGGAAAGAAUUUUAUGACAACUUGUCCUCAAGCUACAAGAGCACUAACUAUGCUGCGAGAGAAUAGGCGUGGAUUUGAUGUUAUAAUAAGUGAUGUGCACAUGCCGGAUAUGGAUGGAUUCAGGCUACUUGAACUUGUAGGCCUUGAGAUGGAUCUUCCGGUUAUUAUGAUGUCUGCUGAUUCAAGGACAGAUAUUGUAAUGAAAGGAAUAAAGCAUGGGGCAUGUGACUAUUUAAUAAAACCUGUCAGAAUGGAGGAAUUGAAAAACAUCUGGCAACAUGUUGUAAGGAAAAAAUUUCAUGAAAACAAGGACCACGAACAUUCAGGUAGCCUAGAUGAUAUGGAUCGUAACAGACCAAACAAUAAUGAUAACGAAUACGCUUCGUCUGCAAAUGAUGGAGGUGAUGGCAGCUGGAGAUCUCAGAAAAAAAAACGAGAUAAAGAAGAUGAUGAAACUGAUCUGGAAAAUGGUGACCCUUCGUCUACAUCAAAAAAACCCAGAGUUGUUUGGUCAGUUGAGCUCCAUCAACAAUUUGUGAAUGCAGUCAAUCACCUUGGGAUAGACAAAGCUGUUCCCAAGAAAAUUUUGGAGUUGAUGAAUGUUCCUGGCUUAACUAGGGAAAAUGUUGCCAGCCAUUUGCAGAAAUUCAGACUGUAUCUAAAGAGAAUAGCUCAGCAUCAUGCAGGAAUAGCUCAUCCAUUUGUUGCGUCUGCUGCUAGUGGUAAAGUUGCCUCGUUAGGGGGACUUGAGUUCCAAGCUUUGGCCGCUUCAGGUCAGAUCCCUCCUCAGGCACUGGCUGCUUGGCAAGAUGAGCUCCUAGGUCGACCUACAAGCAGUCUGGUGUUGCCUGGAAGGGACCAGUCAUCUUUACGACUUGCUGUGAUAAAAGGAAAUAAGCCCCAUGGAGAGAGAGAAAUAGCAUUUGGUCAACCUAUAUACAAGAGUCAGAAUAAUGCAUUUGGUGCAUUCCCUCAAAGCAGCCCAACAGUUGGAGGAUUACCAUCUUUUGCAGCAUGGCCUAAUAACAAACUUGGUAUGGCAGAUUCAGCUGGUGCCUUGGGAAAUGUGAAUAACUCUCAGAAUAGCAAUAUGCUAUUGCAUGAAUUGCAACAACAGCCAGACACCUUGCUGUCAGGAACCCUUCACGGUAUAGAUGUCAAACCUUCUGGCAUAGUUAUGCCCUCUCAGUCAUUAAAUAUGUUCCCAGCUAGUGAGGGCAUCUCUCCAAAUCAAAAUCCCUUGGUUAUAUCUUCUCAGUCAUCAAGUUUUCUGGCAUCCAUUCCUCCAACCAUGAAGCAUGAACCUCUUCUCACAACAUCUCAACCAUCAAACAGUCUGUUAGGUGGGAUUGAUCUGGUUAAUCAAGCUUCAACAAGUCAGCCUUUGAUCAGUACCCAUGGAGGAAAUCUUCCUGGUCUCAUGAAUCGUAGCACAAAUGCGAUGCCUUCACAAGGAAUUAGUAAUUUUCAGAGUGGGAACAGUCCAUAUUUGGUUAAUCAAAAUGCUGUGGGAGUUAGCUCUAGACCACCAGGUGUUCUUAAGAAUGAGAGCACUGACUCACUGAGCCAUAGUUAUGACUACGUUGGUGGUAGCACCAGUAUGGAGUCCGGCUUACUCUCGUCUCAGUCAAAAAACUCCCAGUUUGCUUUACUGCAGAGUCCAGAUGAUGUCAGUGGUAGCUGGUCGCGUAUGCAAAAUACUGAUAGUUAUGGAAGUACUCUUGGGCAAAGUCAUCCUGGUUCCACUUCAUCUAACUUUCAGAGUUCCAAUGUGGCCCUUGGGAAAUUGCCUGAUCAAGGACGAGGGAGGAAUCAUGGGUUUGUUGGGAAAGGUACUUGCAUUCCAAGCCGCUUUGCAGUGGAUGAGAUUGAAUCUCCAACUAACAACUUGAGCCACAGCAUUGGAAGCAGUGGAGACAUAAUGAACCCCGACAUUUUCGGAUUUAGUGGACAGAUGUGAAAGCUUCUUGGAUUUGUAAGUAGGGUUGAUCAGUGAGCACUGGAAACAAAUUUAGUGGUUUGAUGAAUGGAUGCUCGUAUUUUCAGUUCAUCCUUUUCCUCUGUAAUUGAUUUAUAAAGGGAAUAAUUUAUGUGACAGCAUGUGGAAUCUUGCUUUAUAGAAGUUUGUUCAGUUUAAAUAACUUUAAAUUAUUUAGUCCCUCUUUUCAUAGCUCCUUUUUUUUAGAUGUUUUCAUAGCUCCACCUUGUUCAAAUUUUUGUGUAAUUACGGAUUGUAGCAUAUUUGUCUGUAUACUCUGAAACCUCCGGGACUGAAAUUGUUAUUCUAGGUUCGCCUCAA